AUGGGUCUGGAUCCAUCCCAGCGCGCGAAGGCACUUGUCUCUGCAAUGACCAUCGAAGAGAAGCUGGCUAAUCUUGUGGAUCACAGCCAAGGUGCGGAGCGACUCGGCCUUCCCAAAUACGACUGGUGGAGUGAAGCUCUUCACGGAGUUGCUGGAUCACCAGGCGUUCACUUUGCUGACCAUGGGAACUAUUCUUCGGCGACAUCGUUUCCACUUCCCAUCACCAUCUCUGCCGCGUUCAAUGAUGGCUUAGUGCAAGCUAUAGGCCACGUGAUAGGAACGGAGGCUCGCGCAUUCGCAAACGCUGGACGCGCUGGCUUGGAUUUCUGGACGCCAAAUAUCAAUCCGUUUAAGGAUCCCCGAUGGGGUCGUGGUCUUGAAACUCCCGGUGAAGACCCAUUCAGGAUUUCGAAGUACGUAGAAGCGCUGCUCAAAGGCAUGGAGUGGUCCGGCAAGAAUCCCAAUACAACGGAGAAGCGACAGAUCCUAGCAACAUGCAAGCACUACGCUGCGUACGACCUCGAGCGCUGGAACGGUGUGGUACGAUAUUCUUUCGACGCGAUUGUCUCGAUGCAGGACUUGGUCGAGUAUUACUUGCCACCUUUCAAGCAGUGCGCUCGAGAUUCAAACGUUGCUUCCAUCAUGUGUAGCUACAACAGCGUAAAUGGUACUCCGGCGUGUGCGAACGAGUAUCUGAUGCAGACUGUGCUUCGGGACCACUGGAACUGGACCAAGCACAACAACUACGUUGUGAGCGACUGCAACGCGGUACAUAACAUAUAUGCCGAUCACAAAUGGGUCCAAACAGCCGCUCAAGCUGCCGGGAAAGCCUUCAGUGCUGGGACCGAUAACGUGUGUGAAGCUGGAGGCUGGACUACUGAUGUUGUUGGGGCUUUCAAUCAAUCCCGUGUCAGCGAAGAGGUUAUUGACCGAGCAUUGCGUCGGCAGUACGAAGGCCUGAUUCGCGCAGACUAUUUUGCCGUUUCCCGCGACGAUGUUGUGGGACCGCGUUCUUACGGUUGGGAGUACGUGAAUACGGAGCAGGCGCAAACACUGGCUCUCCAAGCAGCAACCGAAGGCACGGUUUUAUUGAAGAAUGACGGAACGCUUCCUCUCAGAUUGGCAAAGAACCAAAGCAUCGCAGUGAUAGGAUUCUGGGCCAACGAUACUUCUGAUCGCAUGCUUGGCAACUACUAUGGUAAACCGCCAGUUUAUCGAACUCCGCUCUGGGCGGUGCAGAAUGCAGGCUUCCAGGUGAAUUAUGCUACCGCUCCCUCCUCCGGCACUGGGAACUAUCGUGCUGCGAUCCAAGCGGCACAGAACUCCGAUGUUGUCCUCUACUUCGGCGGCAUUGAUACAACCUUUGAAACUGAAGACAAAGACCGAACUACGAUCGCAUGGCCGGAGAUACAGCGAACCAUACUCCGUGAAUUGAGUGGAUUAGGAAAGAAAAUUAUCGUAGUGCAACUCGGAACAUCGAUCGAUAACACACCACUUCUGGUGAACGAGAAGAUCAAUUCCAUACUCUGGGUUGGCUAUCCAGGCAUGUACGGUGGUCCAGCGGCUUUGGAUAUAAUCACGGGCAAUACAGCGCCAGCCGGCCGUCUUCCUGUCACACAAUACCCUGCGAACUACACAGAGCAGGUCCCAAUGACAGAUAUGUCGCUCCGACCCAGCAGCAAAAACCCUGGCCGCACGUACAAAUGGUACUCUCAAGCAAUCCAAGAAUUCGGCUCUUCAUUACAUUAUACGAAUUUCACCAUACGUUUUGACCCUCGGUACACCAAUCGCACCUACCCAACCACACAGAUUCUCGCCGGUUGCUCCUUCUCUUCCCCCAAAGAUCGCUGUCCGUUCACCCCACAUGUUGUCCAAGUCAGAAACAGCGGCGAUGUAGCUUCUGACUUCAUUGCUCUUGCUUUUGUGACCACGAAAGCGGGACCUGAACCGUACCCGAUCAAAGAAUUGGCCUCGUACAAACGCUUGGCUAAUGUGAAACCUGGAGAAGAAAGACCGGUGCAAUUGGGCUUCACGAUUGGCAACCUUGCAAGGGUGAACGAGAGGGGUGAUACAGUGCUGUAUGCGGGGGAGUAUUGUCUAGUACUAGAUGUUCCCGAGCAGGACAGAGCUUGCUUUGAGCUUACUGGUGCAGAUAUGGUGCUAGAUGUGUGGCCGCAGCCUAAGGUGGGAAAUGCAACGCGGGGACACUAG